AUGACUCCUGAGCGCCAGGAUAUUCGAGAACACUUCCGUCAGACUUUCUACGAUUCUUUCCUAGUGGUUGUCGUCGCAGCUUGUCUUGGUGCUUCCGGCGCGCACCUUGCUCGCAGCUACUUCCCAUCAGUCAUUUUACGUGUUCCCGAGACGCCGGAUAUCAUGCGAAGGCUUCGAGCAAUCCGGAAGAUUGCACACGACACCAUUGAGGCUAUGAAGACGAUCGACAGGUUGAUUAAGGAAAUCGACCGGGCUGUCAAGAAUGCGAAGAGCAUCCUGCCAUCUAGAUACGACAUCCAUGAUUGGUACCAAAGAGUCCUGCACAGAAUCGAGGAAGUUGUAUAUGGAAUCCGUCAGAGAAUUUACCGGUAUUUGAAUAUUUUCAACAUAGUCGGAGCAGUGAACAACAUUGGCAAUGCCAUAAACUGGCUGGGGAACAAUGCGCGGAUUUGA